GGUGGCAGAGCCGUACACCAUGGCGGCCGCGGCCGCCUCCCCGGCGUUGAAGCGGCUGGAUCUGCGCGACCCCGCGGCGCUUUUCGAGACGCACGGGGCGGAGGAGAUCCGCGGGCUGGAGCGCCAGGUCCGGGCUGAGAUCGAACACAAGAAGGAGGAGCUGCGGCAGAUGGUGGGCGAGCGGUACCGCGACCUGAUCGAGGCGGCUGACACCAUCGGCCAGAUGCGCCGCCGCGCCGAGGGGCUGGUGGAGGCGGUGCGGGCCGCCGACCAGCACUGCGCGAGCUUCCGCCUCCGCCAGGCCGGCCCGGCCGCGCCGCGGCCCCCGCAGCCCAAGCUGCCAUCCCAGGAGCAGUUCUACUGCAUGGCUGCUCAGAUCAAGCUGCUCUUAGAGAUCCCUGAGAAGAUCUGGAGCGCCAUGGAAGCCUCUCAGUACCUCCACGCCACACGGCUCUAUCUGCUCUGCUGCCACCUUCACGGCCUGCUGCAGCUGGACUCCAGUUCCCGACACAGCCCCAUCCUCUCUCGGUUUCCCAUCCUCGUCAGGCAGGUGGCAGCAGCCAGUCACUUCCGGUCAACCAUUUUGCAUGAAAGCAAGAUGCUGCUUAAAUGCCAAGCCGUGUCUGACCAAGCUGUGGCGGAGGCCCUCUGCUCUAUAAUUCUCUUAGAGGAGAGUUCUCCCCGGCAAGCCCUCACCGACUUCCUGUUGGCCAGAAAGGCAACUAUCCAGAAACUUCUCAAACAGCCACGCCAUGGUGCUGGCAUCAAAGCUCAGAUUUGCUCACUAGUGGAGUUGCUGGCCACCACUCUGAGCCAGGCCCACGCCCUUUUCUAUACUUCAUCGGAAGGUCUGCUGCCAGAUCCAGCCCUGCCCUGUGGCUUGCUCUUUUCAACUCUGGAGACCAUCACAGGCCAGCAUCCUACUGGAAAGGGCUUCAGCGUGCUGAAAGAGGAGGGGAAGCUCUGUAGCUGGUCCCGGCACCUCCCGGCUUCCAUCACUGAGUUCCAGCCCACGCUCCGAACCCUCGCACAUCCCAUCAGCCAGGAAUACCUGAGAGACACGCUGCAGAAAUGGAUCCACAUGUGUAAUGAGGACAUUAAAGCUGGGAUCACCAACCUGCUGGCGUACGUGAAGAGCAUGAAAGGCCUGGCAGGGAUCCGGGACGCCCUGUGGGAGCUGCUGAGCGGCGAGCUCGCGGGCCCCGGCUGGGAGGCGGUGAGCCGGCGGCUGCUGGAGAAGCCGCUCUCGUUCUGGGAGGACAUGUUGCAGCCCCUCUUCCUGGACCGCCUACAGACUCUGACGAAAGAAGGCUUCGAAUCCAUCUCCAGUAGCUCCAAAGAACUGCUGGUGUCAGCUUUGCAGGAACUCGAGAGCAGCACUGGCAGCUCGUCAAACAAGCAUAUCCACUUUGAGCAGAACAUGUCUCACUUCCUCUGGUCUGAGAGUCCCAGCGACCUGCCCGCCGAUGCUGCCUGGGUCAGCGUGGCGAACCGGGAUCACUUUGCCUGUACUGGCCUCUCCAUGAAAGCUCAAGCAAUCAGCCCCUGUGUACAGAACUUCUGUUCUGCCCUGGAUUCCAGACUGAAGGUGAAGCUGGACGACCUCCUGGCGUACCUGCCUUCAGAUGCCGCACCGCCGUCCCAGGACGCUGCCUCCGGGCAGCAGGCCAGGAAGCCUGCCUUUGACAGGUUCGCGGAUGCCGCCACUGUGCAGGACCUGCUGCAGACUCACUCCGUGGCCUGCAUCCGGCACAUCAUGGACUGCGUCCAGGCUGAGCUGCAGAGCCUCAAGGAUGUCGUGCAGGGACAGCAGGACGUCCUCCGUGGCACCAAGCUGUACGCCGUCCUUUUCAUGGCCAGACUCUGCCAGUCCCUGGGUGAACUGUGCCCCCACCUGAAACUGUGUAUUGUGGGUAAAACCGGGAGUGCCGAGAAGCCAGUCAAGGAGAUGAAGGCUCCGAAAAAGCAGGGCAAGGGCUCGGCUCAGGAAAUGCCUCCCGGGCAAGCCAAGUGGCAGGAGGUGAAGGAAGCCCUCCUGCAGCAGAGCGUGGUGGGCUACCAGGUCUGGAGCUCGGCAGUGGUCAAGGUUCUGGUUCAUGGGUUCACCCAGUCACUGCUUUUAGACGAUGCUGGCUCGGUCCUAGCGACAGCCACCAAUUGGGAUGAACUAGAAAUUCAGGAGGAGACCGAGUCUGGCAACAGCGUUACAUCUAAGAUCCGACUCCCUACACAGCCCUCAUGGUAUGUCCAGUCCUUCCUGUUCAGCUUAUGCCAGGAAAUAAAUCGCGUUGGAGGCCAGGCCUUACCAAAGGUGACCCUGCAGGAGAUGCUGAAAUGCUGCCUGGCUCAGGUCCUAGCUGCCUACGAGAAGCUGUCACAGGAAAAGCACACCGUGAAAGAAGGUGCUUUUCCUAUCACCCAGAACCGGGCCCUGCAGCUCCUCUAUGACCUGCGCUAUCUCAGCACGGUCCUGACAACGAAGGCAGAGGAGGCAAAGAGCGGCCGGAGCAAGCCUGACACCAGAUUGGAGAAAGUGACUGACUCUCUGGAAGCCCUCAUUGAUCCAUUUGACCUGGAUGUUUUCACGCCCCACCUCAACAGCAACCUUAACCACCUGGUGCAGCGAACUUCUGUUCUAUUUGGAUUGGUAACAGGUACAGAGAACCAGUUCACCCCCCGGAGCAGCACGUUCAACUCCCAAGAACCCCAUAACAUACUGCCUCUGGCCUCAAGUCAGAUCAGGUUUGGACUUCUUCCACUGAGUAUGACAAGCACCAGAAAGGCCAAGUCAACCAGCAGAGGCAUGGAUACACAAGCCCAGCAGGUUGACCCCCUGCCACUCUCGAGAGCAGGUGACCCAGCGAAUCCUGGCUCCUUGUUCAGACAGCUCCUCAGCGAUGAAGACGACUCUUCUGCAUCCUCAUUAUUCAAACUUGGCUGGCUCUCUAGUAUGACCAAGUAA